UUAUCCGACGAAGAAGAGCCCACUUCCGGCUUUGGAGCGCCCUUUCGGGGUAUUUUUGUUCUGAAAUUGGACAGAGGGAACAACAAAAAGCUGUUACAGUCGAAGCCUCACAGCCGAGCGGAGGAUUUAAUGUGACGCUUUAAUGUUAAAGGAUCAAGCGAUGUCUGUGGUGUUUGACGGGAGUCCGCUGAAAGCGAUGCAGAGCUCACACACUCACACAGCGCAGACUGCCCUGAGCGCCCAGGAACUGUCCCAGGAGAUCAAGUCCUUCAUCAGUGGCGUUGAUGCCGUUCAGGGCCGGAAGCUCAGUGUCCGGGAACAUGCCCGCUGUGCUGUGCGCCUGCUGCGCUCCGUCCCGGCCUGUCGAGGGGCGGUGCUGGAGCAUCUGAGGGGCGUUUAUGAUGAGCACGUCUCCGCCUUCCUUCACAACCUAGAGACGGAGGGUGAUGCCAGCUCCGGGGUCAGCUCCAACCUGGAGGACAUCAUACAGGAGGUUCACGGCGUCCUGUCAGAGUUCAUCCGCCUCAACCCGCGGGCCUGGGCCCCUCUGGUAUCCGCCUGGGCUGUGGACCUCCUGGGCCAGCUGAGCAGCAAACAUGCCAACCGCAGGGUGGCCCCUCACUCCUCCAGCCUCAAUGAGCUGCUCCAGCUCUGGAUGUCCUGUGCUGCCACCCGCUCCCUCAUGGAGGCCUACUCCCAGUGUUUGGCCGCCAUGCUGGCCUGGUGCCCUGACGCCUGUGUGGAUGCGCUGUUGGACACCUCCGUUCAGCACUCCCCGCAUUUUGAUUGGGUGGUGGCUCACAUCGGCUCUGCCUUCCCAGGUACUAUCAUCAGCCGAGUCUUGGCAUGCGGACUCAAGGACUUCUGCUCUCAUGGCGCUAAGGACCAAGGGCUUCUGGUGAUGGGAGCAGAUAAAGGCAGCAGAGUCCCCAAGAUUGGCUCAGUGGUGGGAAUCCUCGGUCACCUUGCAGCGCACCACUCAGACAGCAUCAGGAAGGAGCUGCUCAGGAUGUUUCAGGAGAGCCUGACUCCAUCGAGCCCCAUGUCUCCCACUUCAUCCUCAACGUCCUGGGAGAAUUCUCCUCAACUCCGUCGUGCUGCAGUACCAUUUCUGCUGCAGCUGGCUGCAAUGUCCCCCAACCUCUUUGGUGCCGUGUCUGCAGAACUUGUAGAGCUGCUGCGCCCUCCUGUUCUGCUCCACCUGCAGGCGUUGCUGCAGGGUCUCCCCAGAGAAGAACUUGAUAACAUGCUAGGGCUGGCAGUCCACCUCAUAAGCCAGAGCCCGUCCGGAGGUGCCCGGGUCCUCCGUUUUCUGGCAGACACAGCCACUCCGGCCUCAGUCAUCAUCUCUGGCCCUACACCCUCCCCCCAUGAAGGAGUCAGAGAAGGAUGCGAUCGCCUCCUACAGAUGCUGCUUCUUCAUCUCCACAAACUGGUCUUCAACCGCAUGGAUGGAACUGAGGUCAGCCCCCACCACUCAGCUUCCUCUCAGCCCCAGAGGGUUAUCCCCUUCUUGGAGGAGCUGCAGUCUCACAUAGGUGAGCUCUGUGCUGAGACGCUGCGACUGGAGAGGAAGCGUCACCUCUGGCUGCACCAGUUGCUGUGUCUGCUGUCGGUGUAUGGGGGUCCCAGCGUGGCCACUGAGGCCUUCUGCCAGCUUCUCACCCAGGCCCGCAACCCGGAGGAGUUGGCUUUGGCCUGGCAGCUCCACACUACGCUCUCCUCUUGCAUAGCAGGACUCAUUCCUGCCGCUGUGGCUCGCUGUGUGGCCCAGAUCCAUACGCACACUCUGGGGCCCCGUCAGCUGAGGCAGCUGCUGCUGAACCUAGCCGCAGCCAUCCAGAGCCAGGAUGAGGAGAGGAGAGGAGCAGCAGGUGUUCAGUCCUCCAUGGCCAUCCAGGUGGGCUCAGCGGUCUCAGGACACCUCCAUGACUUUGGUCCACUCCUUCUCCACGGUGACCCAGCUGUAUCUCAUGCUGCAGUGCGCCUCCUGUCCUGUAGCCCGCUCCCUCGCACCUCCUCCCCAGCACACCUGCUCCUGCUGUCCCGUGCCGCUGUGACACAUUUCUUCCUGGCACUAAGGAGAAGGGGGGAAGGGGGGAAGGUGGGAAGAGAUGGGGGACAAGCAGGGGAGGCGGUGAACUGGUCAGUCCAGCUGCUGUCCCGGUUCGCAGCGUAUUCUCCGCUCACUCUUAAAGCAGUUCUUCAGCAGCUGGUCGAGGGAGCGCUGCACAAAGGCAACGCUGAGCUGUUUGGAGGUCAGAUCGCCGACAUGUCCGGCGCCCCUGUCACUUCGCCAUCAGUAUCCCCCGACCUCGGAGCCUCUUUGCUGGACAUCAACUGUCGAUUUGGCACCACAGUCAACUUUUCUGGCAGCGUGUGGUCUGUGUUUCAUGCCGGGGUGAUUGGCAAGGGGCUGAAGGUCCGCACUGCCGCCAAGCUGCCUGACCCAUUUGGGGUCAUCCAGAAUGUCCAGACUCUUCUGGCUGUCAUAGUCCAGUGUUGUAGCUCCUCUGGUCUCAACGGCUCAAUGAAUGGCUCACGACCCCCAUCUGACCCUGAUGAGCCAGCGCCCAUCAACGCGGAGGCAGCCAAGGUCAUUGCAGUCACAUUGGUGGAAAACGUCUGUCCGGAUGUGGCCAAUGGUGAGCUGUCCUGGCCCCCGGAGGAGCACGCCCGCACCACAGUGGAGCGAGACAUCCACAUCCGGCGCUGCUUCGAGGCCCACCCCGUGCUCUUCCCUCUUCUCCAGGUUGUGGCAGCUGGACGUCCGGCUCUCUGCUACUGCUCAGCGGUGCUCAGAGGCCUCCUGGCCACUCUGCUGGCUCACUGGGAGGCGUCCCGUGAGGCGUUGUCCACAGACUCCCCGUGGCACCUCCAGGCCUCCUGCCUCCUGGUGUCCUGCAUGGGAGAGGGCCAGCUCCUGCCUCCCGUGCUGGCCAACGUCCACGAAGCCUUCCCCCACCUCACUCCCUUCGAGGUGAGGCUGCUGCUCCUGGCUGUGUGGGAGUAUGUGAGAGGAAACGGGCCAAUGCCCCAAAAGUUCAUCUUCAGUUCUGAGAAGGGCCUCUUCUGCAGGGACUUCUCGAGGGAUGGCGACGUGGCAAGAUAUGUGGCACCGAUCCACAGUGUUCUGCAUAAAAACAUAGAUAGAUUGGGACACCUGUGUUGGCGUUUCCAGCUCUGAAGGUUAAUGGGGAGCAAACUUUGAAGAGGGAAUAAACAGGAACUGUUAAAUAUCUGUGUGCUCUAGGAGUGGACUGCAAAGUUGCCAUCACUGUAGUUCAGUUUCAUACAAGUAUAGCUGUUUGUGUGCGUGUGUGUGUGUGCGUGUGUGUACGUGUAUGUGUACCUUUUUGUACCAUAUUUGUAGACAUGAUACAUUUCUAACUGUUUGUUAUUUGGACAGAAAAUGCCACACAUUUAUAUUCAGUGAAAACAGAAUUUGCUCCACACAAAUUAAAGCCUUAAUGUGUCAAAUUGGUUCGAAAACAGCAACUUAAAGCGACACUAUGUCGUUUUUAGAGAAGAUAUUCAAACUCAGAAUUUUUAAUGUUAAUAAUGAGGUCAUAAUACAAACUGAGAAAUAUGUAUUUCUUCGGUAACUGAAUGAACAAGCUGUUCUCACAGAUGAAUAAGGUCCCCAGAGCACAGUUGUGUUGUCCUCGAGGGUCAGUUUGUUUCUUCAGUGUAUUCCGUAAUGAAAGAAAAGAUGUCUUCCCCAAAACCACAAAGUGCAACUUUAACUCUUGUUGAAUAAUUUAUAGAUUUGUUUUGCAUAAUAUUUCAGACAAACACGCUUUGCAUUUCAUGUUAUGUUGUUUCAACCACUUUACAAAUAAAUCGUCAUCUGUUCCUAGAACGUGUCAUGAAUUGAGUAACCAUGCUGGGGCAAAAACGUGUUACCACAGGACUCUCGUGGCGAUUAAAGUCUCCGUCUGUGAUUAAAGUGAUCAGAGCCUGUUUAAAUGUACAGCCUGUAAAUCCUCUGAGGCAACCUCCAACCUCUUGUG